AUGAAGAGCUUCCUUUCAAGAGAGUCUAUUCUUGUCAUUAUGCUUUUAGUAAUCUGCUUCGUUGCUAAAGCUCAGAAAUGUCAUCCAAGUGGAAUGAUAAGAGGAAAGAAAUCCCCUUCUGGAGACUGUAACCAGGAGCAAGACCCUGAUUGUUGUAGACCAGGCAAAAUGUACCCAACCUAUACAUGCUCACCGCCUGUCUCCAAGAACACCCACGCCUACCUUACUCUAACCAGUUUCGAGGCAGGUGGUGAUGGCAGCCUUCCAUCAGAAUGCGAUAACAAAUACCACAAUGACAGCAGCCCGAUCGUAGCAUUGUCGACUGGAUGGUACAAGAAUGGAGGAAGGUGCCAUAGCAACAUUAAAAUUACUGGUAAUGGUCGCAGUGUGUUGGCCAUGGUGGUGGAUGAAUGUGACUCUACUAGGGGAUGUGAUGCAGAUCAUGACUACCUACCUCCUUGUGCUAACAACCUUGUUGUUGCCUCCAAGGCUGUUUGGGAAGGCUUGCAUGUGUCUAAAGAAAACUGGGGCGGCUUAGAUAUCACAUGGACCGACACCUGCAAGCCAAGCGGCACGAUAAGGGGAAGAAAGCCUCCUCCAAAGCAAUGCAACAAAGAAAAUAUGUCCGAGUGCUGCAAAAAAGGCAAGCUUUACCCAACUUACAAAUGCUCGCCUCAUGUGUCCAAGUUUACGAAGGCAACCUUGACGCUCAACAGCUUCCAAAAAGGCGGCGAUGGUGGCGCACCUUCGGAAUGCGAUGGUAAGUACCAUCCGGAUAGCACCCCCGUGGUGGCAUUGUCAACAGGGUGGUUCAACAAUAGCAAGAGGUGUUUGCGCUACAUUACUAUCCAUGCUAAUGGGAGGAGUGUGAAGGCCAAGGUGGUUGAUGAGUGUGACUCCACAAUGGGGUGUGAUGGUGAACAUGAUUACCAACCUCCAUGUCCUAACAAUAUUGUUGAUGCCUCUAAAGCUGUCUGGAAGGCUUUGGGAGUUAAGAAAAGUGACUGGGGUGAAAUGGAAGUACACUGGUCUGAUGCUUGA